GCGAUGCUGUGGUAGCCGGGGGCCAUGGCCGGCCACGGCAAGGAGAAGCAGCCGCUGGACGAGGUGCACAGGAACCAGAUCAUGUGCGAGCUGAUCCGCAAGGAGCUGCGAACCCAGAAGCUGCACACGCAGUACAGCGUGAACCCCAACAGCAAAGUUCACACCUUCACCAGGAAGCCCAUGUCCUGGCACGAUAACAUGGAGGAACCCGCAGAUGCCAGGUUUCUCAAGCUCUUUCACUACACAGCCCAGGGACCCAAGAUGAAAUACCCGGAGCCCCAGACGGAGAGCCAGGAAAUCGGAUGGGACACGGAACCCUUGACCAGCACGGACUGGACAGAUCGCCGGCUGCGCUUCUCCCACCACACCACCGAGCUGACCAGAUACAUGGCCGAGAUCUGGCGCGGGAAAGAGCAAAAAUAGCCGCCGGGAGCCCGGCCCCGGGCCGGCUCCCGCCAGCGGCUGCAGAUAAACCCAGUUUCAAGUUCU